UCACGUGACUCCUCUGUUUACAGGCAUCCGGAGAAACAUGGAGGACACCGCUGGCAGUAAUCCUCAAUCUCUCGGAUUUACAGAGAAACUAAAGUCUUGGCUCUCUUGGUCAUGGACUUACGUGUGCUUCAUUUGGUUCGGCAUGGUGCUCAUCAUGAUAUACGUCCUGUGGAGCCCGCUGAAACUGCAGGAAACUCUUACCUCAGCCUCAGUGUUUUUGAAUACACUGACCCCCAAAUUCUAUGUGGCUCUCACUGGAACUUCCUCUCUCAUCUCUGGGCUCAUUCUUAUAUUUGAGUGGUGGUAUUUUCGUAAAUAUGGGACCUCGUUCAUUGAGCAAGUGUCAGUGAGCCACCUGCGUCCUCUUCUGGGUGGAGUGGAGAGCAGCUCCACAACUGGUCUGUUUGCAUCAGUUAAUGGAGAGGCAGAGCCUAGGCCUAGUGUUUCAGAGUGUAAGGUCUGGAGGAACCCUUUGAAUCUGUUCAGAGGAGCAGAAUACAACAGGUACACCUGGGUAACAGGGAAGGAACCCCUGACAUACUACGAUAUGAACCUGUCUGCGCAAGACCACCAGACCUUCUUUACAGGGGACACUCCACAGUUAAAGCCAGAAGACGCUGUGAUGCAGAAAGCCUGGAGAGAGAGAAAUCCUCAAGCCAGGAUCAGAGCAGCUUACCAGGCCAUAGAAAUGAACCACGAAUGUGCUGCAGCCUAUGUGCUCCUAGCAGAGGAAGAAGCCACAACUAUCACAGAAGCUGAACGUCUGUUCAAAAAAGCCCUAAGUAUCGCUGGAAAAGAUAUCAACUUACUGGUGUACAUUAAACGCAGACUGGCAAUGUGUGCACGCAAACUGGGACGGAUUAAAGAAGCAGUAAAAAUGAUGAGAGAUUUAAUGAAGGAGUUCCCACUGCUGGGAAUGUUAAAUAUACAUGAAAACCUCUUGGAGGCACUUCUAGAACUUCAGGCAUAUGCUGAUGUCCAAGCAGUCCUUGCCAAAUAUGAUGACAUCAGCUUGCCAAAAUCAGCCACUAUAUGCUACACAUCUGCACUGUUGAAAGCACGAGCUGUAUCAGAUAAGUUUUCUCCAGAGGCCGCGUCAAGGCGAGGGCUAAGCACAGCAGAGAUGAAUGCUGUAGAGGCCAUACACAGAGCCGUUGAGUUCAAUCCACACGUGCCAAAGUACUUAUUGGAGAUGAAGAGCCUGAUCCUGCCUCCAGAGCACAUCUUGAAGAGGGGUGACAGCGAGGCAGUGGCUUAUGCUUUCUUCCACCUGCAACACUGGAAGAGGGCAGAGGGAGCCUUAAACCUACUACAUUGCACCUGGGAGGGCACCUUCCGGAUAAUCCCCUACCCACUAGAGAAGGGUCACCUAUUUUACCCGUACCCAGGAUGCACAGAAACGGCAGAUAGGGAACUACUGCCCUCAUUCCAUGAGGUGUCUGUGUACCCAAAGAAAGAGCUUCCCUUCUUCAUCCUCUUCACAGCAGGCCUUUGCUCUUUCACUGCCAUGCUGGCCAUGCUCACACAUCAGUUCCCUGAGCUCAUGGGUGUCUUUGCCAAAGCAUUCUUCAGCACACUCUUUGCACCCCUGGGUUUCUUUGCAGACAAGAUGGAAAGCUUCAUGCCGUCCAGUUUUUGGCACCAGCUGACUCGAAUCUGACCCCAUCUCUGUUUCUCACACACACACACACACACACACCAGUAUCACUCCAAACCCUCAGACAAAAUGUGUUUGCUCUCCUGUCUUCAGCAUGACUGUCCACUUGCUGCAUUGUUACUGAUUAUGUUAGCCAAGGUUGUAUCAACACAGCAAUACCACUCUUAAGAUGCUCUCCUGCAGUGUUUCAGCAGCUAGUUUUUCCAAGACCACGUUUAGCGAUUGCAGUAUGCAACGAUUUCACAGUCAUUCAUUUGUCAAUGUGUUAGCACUAGGCAGUUUGUAGUUUUUAAAUAUCCCAUAAAGUUUGGCUGCAUUUUCUAUAACACAGAUCCAAUUAGGAUUUUGUCAGAAGUACUUAUCACAGUCAUAAGUUAAAUCACAAAAAAACUAAUGCUGCAUGUGUCAGAUGUCCCUCUAAUGUCUGGUCAGAUGAGUUUGUUUCGGCCAGUGUUUAUGACAGGAAACAGAAACAAAAUGUACAUGGUGGAUGUCUCUAGUAGAAUAUGUUGACGAAUAUGUUCGUAUUCCUCUCUUUUCCCUUCCCAGUUAUUUGUGUGGAUCAAAAAGAUCUCAUCAGGUAUUUGGGAUGGGAACCUGUAUGCCCUGUCUCAAACCCUCACUGCCUCGCGGACAACCAGUGGGGCAAAUUUAAAAGUCUAUAAAGCCUAAAAACAGAGCUGUGAUUUACAGCCUUGAAGUGCCUGCAGUGUAUACAAUGCCUCUGCAGUUCAACUGUUGUUACCAUGGCAUGACACCUCAGCACUAUAUCACUGGGGCAACCGCCACCCCCACAACAUCGAGAUGUAAAUGGGCUCAUCACUGGUCACAGUUAGGCCUCUCAUGGCAUAACUCUUAUGUGUUGAUUACACUACAGAAUGUUUUAAGUCAGGGGUUAGUCAUCCCCUCAUAUAGAGAGUCAUCUGGCACAGCUGUAACUGCAGCUGUAAUACACUAGUUUAUGGUUAUAAAUGCACUGUAUGAGAGUUGAGUGACAUAAACUUGGACAAGCCCUCAGGAUUUGGAGAAAAAGGGGCAAAAUUAACAGACAUGUACAGAUGUAUCGUAUAAACUAAGAAGCAUUUUUCUUUCUGUGUACAAACUGCUCUACCUUUGACUGUCUGUUCAUUUUGCCAGAAAUGGAACAUGUGUGGACUCCACUGUUACUGGUUUGCUUUUAACAUUUUUUUUUUCUUCUCCUGUGAAAGAUUUACUGAUCUCCAUUUUAUCCAGCUAGAUAAACUGAUAUGUCAGUACUACCUUGUUGCAGAGUAAUGUAAAAACAGAUUAGUAAUGAAAUAACCCGUCAGAAACAAAUGUGCCUGGUUUGUAAUUGUAAUAAAGCUUGGAAUUGUAAAAAAUAUUCCUGAUAUUAACCAAUAAUGUAAUCAUUAACAUUUAUUAACAGAUCAAAAGAAGUUAAACAACAAUGUCAAAUCAUUCUCACUUUUUGUUACAUUAACAGGUUUAUUACAUUUUAAACCACUUAAGGCAGAUGUGUUUACUAGACGUUGUCAAGUUUUGCUACUUGAUAGUUAUUACAUUACUACAUUGCUGAGUUCAUGCCCCAGGUACUAUGUACUAUGACAUUAAAAGUGCCUUUUAGAGCAUGACAGAACUUAAAAACAAGAAUAUGGUAUUUACUGCAUUUACAAUACUGAUGCCAGGUUUAGUGGCACCUCUGUUCGGUUUUGAUGGAUUACAUUUGAUAAAUGUGAUAAAUGAAUGCCUUAAAACUGUAUAAUUUACAGCAGAAUUGGUUAUUGCCUGAAUGAUUAGCAGAAAUAUAGCACCCUAUUAGCAGUAACAAUAGCAGUCCUGAAAAAGUAGCAGAUGGCAGACUGGUUGUGAUGUAAUGGCACUUAAAUGUGUGCUAAAAUAAUAUGUUGCAAAUAUGGAUUAUUUUUUCAUUUUUUGUUUCACAUUUCUCUCUGGACUUGUAAUACUUGUCUGUUUAUUUUUGGACACUUGACAGUUAUGCUGUGCAGUUGAUGUGUGAAUGCUGAAGACAGGAGAAUAUUUGAACAGAUGUAACUCCCUAGGAAGAGUUUGUUUGCAAAACUCACAAUAAAAAAAAUACUCUUUUAAGUG